AUCAUUACGAUUGCCAUACGUCGCCACCUGAUCAUCCUUCCCAACCUCCACUCCCAGACUUCAUCAACACUGCUCACACACCCGCACUUCAUCUUCAGCACGCCAUUUAUCCCAUCAUUUCGUACCGUCUGGGCUGUGAGCCGAGAGUCAGAUAGCAUAUAGAGAAGGUGAAUCUAAGCGGAAUCCUCGCAAUGACAGGACACCACUGGGGAUACGGAGAGCAGGAUGGUCCAGAUGCAUGGCACAAAGACUACCCCAUCGCCCAGGGCAAUCGCCAGUCUCCCAUAGACAUAGUUCCUGAGGACACUGUAUACGACGCCAGCCUGCCUCCCAUAUUCGUCUCCUACGACCACUGCAACUCAAUCAACAUCUGCAACAACGGCCACUCUGUGACCGUAGAGUUUGAUGACACCGAUGACAAAACAGUAAUCAGGGCAGGCCCCCUUGACAACGCCUACCGGCUGAAACAGUUCCACUUCCACUGGGGCGGGAAGGGCAGCCACGGCUCAGAGCACACCGUCGGAGGGAAGACCUACGCUUCAGAGCUUCAUCUGGUGCACUGGAACGCAGACAAGUACAAGACAUUUGGGGAGGCAGCGGCAGCCCCCGAUGGCCUGGCUGUCCUUGGCAUCUUUUUAGAGAUCGGAGAUGAACACAGCGGUUUACACAAGAUAACAGAUGCUUUAUACAUGGUGAAGUUUAAGGGAAGCGUUGCGGAUUUCAAAGGUUUCAAUCCAAAGUGCCUCCUACCUAACAGCCUACACUUCUGGACAUACCCGGGUUCCCUGACCACGCCCCCUCUUCACGAGAGUGUCACCUGGAUCGUUCUGAAGGAGCCAAUCAUAGUCUCAGAGAAACAGACACUGCAGCCAGGGACUACAAGGUGUUUCUGUCUGUUUCCAAACAUCUCUCCACAGAUGGGAAAGUUCAGGAUGCUGCUCUUCAGCGGAGAGGAGGAAGAGGGCAGGAAACGCAUGGAGAACAACUUCCGACCCCCUCAACCCCUGAAAGGCCGGAAGGUGCUAGCAUCCUUUGACUAACUUGACUGCAAAUAACCUCCAGGUGGCAUAGCCUAACAUAUGGUCUAUUAUAUGUCAGAGUGAAUGUCUGAAUUGAGUUUCUUCUCAACCUUGAAUAGUUUUACUACUGAUGAUGAAUAUAGAACAAGGGGUAUGAAACAUCACAUCUCCCUCUACUGGUCAAUUACUUUCAACCGCACUUUAAUUGAAUGUCAGAUGCUGAUAUCGACGUUUGAAACAGUCAUAAUGACUACUAUGUGCCCUCUACACAGUUCUCUAUUUUUAAAUAUAGUAGUGAUCUGUAACAUUUUUCUGAAGUGAAAGAUAUUGCUCACAUAGCCAUCCAGACAUUGCCUUGACAGAAAACAGCGUAAUGUAUGUAACUCUGUAGGGAUUUAUUUUUAUCUGAUUGUACCUUUUUCAAACAAAAGUCAACGUGGCCUCAUGGGUGUAGUGAAAAGCGUUUAAGUCAAUGAACAGUCCCCCUCCACCCCAAACGUACACACCCCAUUUUCUGUCCACCCAGUGAAUUGUUGUUGUUUCACCUGCUAUUGUUUCUAUGCAAGGUGCUAUAUCUUCUUCCCAAGGGUUUAGCCACACCUUAUCUACCAAUGGAAGAUGAUGCCAGUGCUCUGUAACAUGUCUGAAUCCUGACGGCCUCUUGGUGGUAAUCUAUGUUGAUCCAUAUUUAGAUGGGCUAUUGCAGCCGGAUCCACAUCGUCCUACUGUAGUUGCCAUGGAUCCUUUAACCCAACACUCACAACUGGAGGUGGAAUUGGAUUAGCGAGCGGCUGCCAAAUUUCAGUUGCUCAACUGUAAAUUAAGAGUUUACUCCGUACUUUCCCUGUGCCCUGACAGCCCAGUGAUUUGAAAGCUGUACAUCAGCUUUAAAGAUGCCACGCAUGCGCUGAAUAGGGUAUUGAGUUCAUGUUGGGUCAAAACAGUUCCACUUUCGAGAAAUGAAGGAGAGGGCGUACACAUACAGUACAUUCUGUAUGGAAAUAAGACACUUCUGUAAUGGGUGUAUGUCCAUGUCUUUGUGUGCUGCUCAUUUCUCCUGUGCCACAGAACAGCCUCCUCCCUACAGUCGGUUCCUACACUACUGUAUGGUACGUUGUUGCAGGCAGGGUGACGCUCCAGUUCUUUUACGAUAAUGGAAGGUCUCAGUAAGUGAAGGUCAUAAUGAUUAAUAGAGCCCCACUGUAGCAACAGUUGUAAGAGAGAUUGCUCCUCGGUACACUAUGUAAUUCCUAAUGAAAGUCUGCCAGGCCUCUGUGUGUUUGAGUAGUUUUACAUAAUGCUGUUCCAUGGAUAGAGGUGGACCUUACCCAUAUAGACAAACUGGUAGGGGGACACUCCUCUGCCUAGUUCCACCCAUGGGAAUUAAGGCUUGGAACUGGCACUUGAGCUAUCUAUUUCAAACAAUUGAUAUUCUACAAUAUCAGGAACAUUAUUUAGUCAAUAUUUAGUAUGUGAAUCAUUUUGCAUGAACUGGUGACAAUUUAAUUGACUUGUUUGUUUUGUUAAUUGUAGUUCUUCAAUAAUAUUAGAUUGUUUCAGAAACAAAAGAUGAGAUUAAAGGAAAUCUAUCAAA